AUGGCACCAAGGGAGCACCACCCCCAGGCCUUGAUGGCGCGCUUCUGGAAGAAGUUCCACCACAGAACGCCCGGCAAAGUCACAUCUGUUUUCCCGAGCAGCAUGUACGAUGCCUUCCACGAUGACUCCAUCCCCGCUUCGGCUCGCGUGCGCAACGCGGCCGGGAGCUACGAUGAGGCCCGCGCCGAGUGCGCGGCCUUGGUCCAGGAGAUCGUGGAGCGCUGCGAGGCCACCAAUACCAGCUUCCUUGACAAGGAGUUCGAGCUUGAGCAUGACUACUACUUGGAGAUUGACGAUUGUCUCCGUGGCCUCAUCAGAAAAGAGGAGCAGAGUAGUCGGCCUGGUGGCGUUCACCGUGUUCCCUGGAUUUAUGAGAACCCCAGGUUCAAUGUCGACGGCUUCUCUGGCUCGGACAUUGCGCAGGGCGCCCUUGGCGACUGCUGGUGGCUCGCGGGACUUGGAACGAUCGCCCACCGUAAAGAUCUGAUGGACAAGGUCUGCGUCGCCCGCAAUGAGGAGUGUGGCGUUUACGGUUUCGUAUUUUUCAGGGACGGAGAAUGGGUCCCUACUGUCAUUGAUGAUAACCUCUAUCUCUCGAGCGGUGACUGGACCAAAGCUGGGACUGGCACUGAUGCCACGGGCAGCAAGGCAAGGGCGUGGAAAAAGAGCCGACAAACAGGCUCAGGGGCUCUUUAUAUGGCCUCUUGCAAGGAUGAGAACGAGACAUGGCUGCCACUGCUCGAGAAAGCCUAUGCCAAGGCGCAUGGCGACUAUGAGGCCCUUGAGGGCGGCUGGAUUGGAGCUGGUGUCGAAGACAUGACUGGAGGUGUCUCGAGCGUGGUUUUGACGAGCCGUGUUUUGCGGAAAGACAAGCUGUGGCACGAGCUGCGUCAAGUCGACCAAGAUGACGGCCAGUUCGUAUAUGGACUCGCUGCAUCAUUUGGUGUAGGCACCGGAGAGCGGAAUGGCCUGAUGUUAGACCAUGCCUACUCUGUUAUUAAAGCAGUUGAGAUUGAGGAUGCAACAGGGCGAAAGGUCAAGCUUCUACAAAUUAGGAACCCUUGGGGCCAGAACGCAUCUACUGGCUUGGGAGAAUGGCAUGGGCCGUGGUCAGAUGGAUCCAAGGAGUGGACUCCCGAAACCAUGAAGAAGCUCAACCAUGAGUUCGGGGAUGACGGCGUGUUUUGGAUGACCCUGGACGAUGUACUGCACAACUUCCAAUGGCUCAACCGAACUCGCCUGUUCAACGAUCAUUGGACUGUCGCACAACAGUGGACCAGUCUUCCCAUUAGCUGGAUCCCUGGCUACCUCAACACCAAGUUUGUCAUCCAGGUCGAGAAGCCUGGCCUUGCUGUCAUUGUUCUAUCCAAGCCUGAUGAACGAUACUACAACGGCCUCGAAGGCCAAUACAGAUUCUUUCUAGAGUUCAUGGUCCGUUCCGACGAAUCCGACAAGAAGAUUGCCGAGGCCACAUACAAUGCCUACGAGGGUGAGAACCGCUCAGUGAGCUGCGAAGUAUACCUCGAGCCCGGAACAUACAGUGUCAUCCCCAAGGUGCUUGCAAAGCGAUGCGCCUGGAAGUAUGAGCUGAGGGACGUUGUUAAGUCAUACGCUCUCGCCAGGCCCCUCAAGCUCCAGCAAAAGGCCAAGUUCUACGAUACAGCGCAUGCAAAGCCUGGAGUGAAGGACGAGGAUGAAGAACUUCAGAUCAAGAAGUGGGAGGAGAGGCAGCGAAAGAAGGAGCUGAAGAGGAAAACAGAGGAGGAAAACAGCAUGCAGCUAGAGUUGAUUAAAUUGCGUUCAUAUAUUUCCGCUUUGCACGAGGAAAUGGAGAGGCGCGACAAGGCCAAGGUCGAGGAGCAAAACAAGGACAAGGCCAAUGAGAACCAGAAGCAAAGAAAGAAGUCACGCGGAAAGAAUAGGCCUGCUGCAGAGGAGAACACCAAGGGGCAGCGCGGGGGGCAGCAAGUGGAAGCAGAAGAAGCAGCGGGAGAAGAGGAAGAGACAGCGGAAGAAGAGAAUCAGGAAGAAGAGGAAGAGCAGGCAGAGCAGGAGGAAGAAGAGGAAGAAGAAGACGAUGACGAUGACGACUUUGAAUCUGACGACGACGACGACGAUUAUGAUGAUUCAAAAGACAAAUAUCUCUGGAAUCCUGUUUGCGUCAUGGGCCUUCGCGUCUACUCCGAAGACGACCAGAUUGAAAUCAAGCUCGUCGAAGGCGAUGAGCAGGAGGAAGAAGAGGAGGAGGCUGAAGGUGAAGAGGGAGAGGAGGAGGGAGAGGAGGGAGAGGAAGAAGAAGAAGAGUAG